AUGGCUAAGAUCACCGAGAUUUUCUUUGACUGCGACAACACUCUGGUCCUCUCAGAGGAGUUGGCCUUUGAGGCAUGCGCUGAUCUUGCCAAUGAGAUUCUAGAGAAGCAGGGUCUCACCGUCCGCUAUACUGGUGAUGAGCUCAUCAAGGAUUUCGUCGGUCAGAACUUUCGCGGCAUGAUGCAGUCCCUUCAGGCCAAAUUCAAGUUUGAGCUCAGCAAGGACGAGCUCGAGGCCUAUGUUACAAAGGAGGAAGACAAGGUCAUUGCUAAGCUGCUCGAGAAGGCGAGGCCUUGUGUUGGUGCCACCGAGCAGGUUGAAAAGCUGUUCGACGACGGGAAAUACGGCCUUGCUGUCGUUUCCUCCUCUGCUCUCCGCCGUGUCCGCGCGUCCAUCGAGAAGGUUGGACAGGACAAGUUCUUCGACCACGACAAGGUGUUCAGUGCCGCCACUUCUCUCCCCAAGCCUACCUCCAAGCCUGACCCCGCCGUCUACCUGCACGCUCUCGAGAAGUGCGGAAAGAAGGCUGAGGAGACUGUCACCGUUGAAGACAGUGUCUCCGGUGCUUUGAGUGCCGUGCGUGCCAAGAUCGCAGUUAUUGGUUAUGUCGGUAGCUACCCCGGCGAGGAGAAGCAGAAAGAGAUGAGCGAGCGCCUCUCCGAGCUUGGUGCUCAGGUCAUCAUGAAAGACUGGAGUGAAUUCCCACAGUGCCUAAAGGAAAUUGAAGGCCGGGCUGUUACUCCUGCUCUAUAG